AUGAGUCUAUGGCAUCCACCCAAAUUUGAGAAUGAGAAAAUGUUGAACUAUGGAAAGGGAUCCCCAGAGAGGGCAGAGUUGACUCGGACAUUGGACAAAUUGAAGCAAGAAAUGCCGGUCAAAAUCCCCAUCACCGUGAAUGGAUCUACGUUGGAAACGAUUGAGUCCCGAAAGCAAGAGAAUCCCUCGAAACACCGGGAGAUUGUGGCCGAAUAUGCAGCAGCAACUCCCGCGCAGACAAAUGUAGCCGUGGACGCUGCCCUUAAGGCCAAACCGGCCUGGGAGGCCAUGCCUUUUGAGGACCGUGCUGCCAUUUUCCUGCGGGCUUCAGAGCUCAUCACCGGCAAAUACCGCUCGGAAUUGGUGGCAGCCACCAUGCUAGGCCAGGGCAAGAACAUCUGGCAGGCGGAGAUUGACGCUCCCGCUGAGACGGUCGACUUCUUUCGACACUACAUCCAGGAGUGCUGGUCACUCUUCUCGCAACAGCCUAAAGUCCAGCCCGCCGGUACUUGGAACAAGCUGGAAUAUCGUCCUCUGGAGGGCUUCGUCUACGCUAUUGCACCGUUUAACUUCACGGCGCUCGGCGCCACUCUGAUCGGCCCGGCCGCGCUGCUAGGCAACGUUGUGAUUUGGAAGCCAUCCGACUCGGCUCUCCACGCCAGCUGGCUCCUGCAUCAGAUCCUUCUGGAAGCCGGACUUCCCAAGGACGUGAUCCAAUUCCUUCCCGGCGAUGCCGAAGAAGUCACCAACACCCUCCUUCAACGACCCGAGUUCGGCGCCCUCACCUUCAUCGGCUCCACGCAAGUCUUCAAAAGCCUCCAGAAGAAAAUCGGAAACGGCAUCGGCGACGGCAUAUACAACUCCUACCCCCGAGUGGUCGGCGAAACCGGCGGCAAGAACUGGGGCCUGGUGCACCCAUCCGCCGACAUCAAGAACGCCGCCUUGAACACCAUCCGCGCCGCCUUCGAAUACCAGGGCCAGAAGUGCUCCGCCAACUCCCGCAUCUACGUCCCCGAAUCCGUAUGGCCCGAAUUCCAACAGCAUCUACAGGACCAACUAGCCCGUCUCAGCGUCGGCCCCGUCGACGAAUACCGCCACUUCAUCAAUCCGGUGAUCCACGAGCGUGCCUUCGACCGUCUCACACAAUUCAUCUCCGCCGCAAAACAAGACCCCGAGCUGGAUCUCAUCGCCGGCGGCCUUGCCUCCAAAGAAGACGGCUACUUCGUGUACCCCACCGUCUACCGCACCACCAACCCGCGACACGAGAUCAUGUCGCGCGAGCUCUUCGGCCCCAUCCUCGGUGUCUACGUCUACCCAGACGCAGAAUGGGACUCGACACUGGACCUCGUCAACACAACCUCCCGAUACGCCUUGACGGGAAGCAUCUUCGCCAAAGACGCCGUGGCGUCGCGCCAGGCCCAGACAGCCCUCAGACACGCCGCCGGCAUGCUGUAUCUGAACACGAAGUGUACGGGGUCUGUGGUCGCACAGCAGCCGUUCGGCGGGAGUCGGGACUCCGGGACAAAUGAUAAGACGGGGACGAUGGCGCAUUUGCAGCGGUUUGUGAGUGUUAGGACGAUUAAGGAGGAUUUUGGGACGUUGGAGCAGGUCGAGUAUCCGUCGAAUGAGGUGUAA